CGAGCGGCAGCGCGGGCUGCGGGCGGCGGCGGGCGCAGUCCCAGCGCGCACCGCUGGGUGGUGCCCUCGGCCAAGGCGGCGCUGAGAGGCUGCGGCAGCGGAGGCGGCCGAGCCCGGAGCAGCCCAGAGCAGCUGAGAUUAGAGCAGCGCAGAGCAGCUGAGAUUAGAGCAGCGCAGAGCAGCCGGGUUCGACCGAGCGCAGCCCAGAGCAGAGAAGAGCAGCCGGUCGCAGCCGCAACGAGCUUAGACCAGCCCAGCUCGGCUGGGCGCAGGUGGCAGCGGCAGCUGCUGCGAGCGCUGCCCUGUGUCCCCCGCUGCCGGGACACCCCGGCUGCUUUACGAGCCGCCGGAGGAAUUACCCACAGCGACCGAAGGCGCCCACCCUCCUCUCGGCCGCUUUCCGCGGGGAAUCGCCCGGGACAGCCCCGACACCGACACCGACACCGGCCGCCGCCGCCGCCGCGCCAUGGCGAUCGCAAGGCAAGUGCUUUGUGUCUGUGCUUUGCUGUCGCUGCCGCACGCUCGCGCCGAGCCCAUCCGCUACUCCGUGGCCGAGGAGGCGGAGAGCGGCUCCCUGGUAGGCAAGCUGGCGGAGGACGCGGGGCUGACGCCGGCGCAGCUCUCGGCUCGCCGCGCCCGCCUGGUGUGGGAGGACGGGCGGCAGCAUUUUCGCUUAGAGCGCGCCUCCGGACGCCUCGUCGUGGCGGCCAGGCUGGACCGGGAGGAGCUGUGCGCCCAGGCCGCCCCCUGCGUGCUCCCCUUCGAGCUGCUGCUCUCCAACCCCCUGCAGUUCUUUCGGGUCGAGGUGGCUCUGGAGGAUAUCAAUGACCACUCACCCGUCUUCCCCGAGGAAAGAGUCAGAUUUGACAUCACGGAAAAGAGUGAUCCCGGAUCGCGUUUCCCCCUGGAGGUCGCUCGAGACCUCGAUAUUGGCAGUAACGCAGUCCAGGCAUACAGCAUUGCUCCCCAGAACGGGUAUUUCAGUGUGUCCCAUGGGACUCGGAUUGCAGGAAAGAAGUAUCUGGAAUUGGUCUUGGAAAAGUCACUAGACAGAGAGGAGCAGGCAGAGAUGAGUUUCACUGUUAUUGCUGAAGAUGGGGGCUUUCCUCCAAGGAGUGGCAGUACUGAAGUCCACAUUGUCAUUCUAGAUGUAAAUGACAAUGCUCCCAUUUUCACACAGGAGGUGUAUGUUGGACAGGUUCUGGAGAACGUGCCAGAAGGUUCUGUGGUUUUGACCGUGAUGGCUACUGAUGAGGAUGCAGGAGUUAAUGGGGACAUUUCCUAUCAACUCAGCCAAGCAGGGGGACAGAGUGACGCAGCAUUUGUGAUUGACCCCACAGCUGGUGAAAUUAAGCUCACAAAUCCUCUGGACUUUGAGGCAGCACAGAUUCAUGAGCUCAGUGUGAGGGCCAGAGAUGGAGGAGGGCUCUCAGCAAUCUGCAAAGUGUUGGUGGAGGUGGUGGAUGUGAAUGACAAUGCCCCAGAGCUGGUGGUCAGUUCCUUCAGCAGUCCCCUCCCCGAGAACACAGCGCCGGGCACAGUGGUGGCCCUGUUUUCCGUCAGGGACCGGGAUUCUGGUGCCAACGGCAAGAUCUCCUGUGCCCUGGAGGAUCAGCUCUUCUUCUCCCUGCGGCCGGCCUAUAAGAAUUACUAUGAGCUGGUGACAGUGAGCGCGCUGGACCGCGAGGAGACGGCUCAGCACAUCCUGAGGGUCACAGCAGCAGAUGCGGGCUCGCCUGCUCUCACAAGCACGCACACCUUCAGCGUGGACAUCUCGGAUGUCAACGACAACGCUCCCGUCUUCAACCAGACCUCGUACACCAUGUAUGUCCGUGAGAACAAUGUCCCCACAGCGUUUGUGGGAGCCGUCAGCGCCGCCGAUGCGGACGAGGGGCUCAAUGCCAAGGUGACCUAUUCCCUGGCGCCAGCGCAAGCGGCAGAGCGGCCCUGGUGCUCCUGCAUCUCGGUGGACUCGGAGAAGGGACACGUGUUUGUGCUGCGGCCCCUGGACUACGAGCGCUUGAGGCAGGCCGAGGUGACGGUCAGUGCCUCUGACGCGGGCUCUCCUCCCCUCAGAGCCAACGUCACCGUCCGCCUGCUGGUGCUGGACCAGAAUGACAAUGCGCCGCUCGUGCUGUACCCAGGCCAGGACGGCAGCCCGGCGCCCACCGAGCUGGUGCCCGUGUCGGCCGAGGCGGGCUACCUCAUCACCAAAGUGGUGGCCGUCGAUGCCGACUCGGGACAGAACUCGUGGCUCUCCUACCACCUGCUGAGGGCCACCGAGCCCGGGCUCUUCAGCGUGGCUCUGCAAAGCGGGGAGGUGCGUCUCAGGAGGCCCGUGACAGACAGAGACAGCGUGAAGCAGAAGCUCGUUGUCCUGGUCAGAGACAACGGCCAGCCCCCGCUCUCAGCCACCGCAGCUCUCAGCGCCCUCCUGCUCAAGGACUUCUCUGACGUGCACCUCCCGCACAGCAGGGCCGCCACAGAGGAUCAGGACGGCUCCCUCAUCACCUAUUUAAUCAUUUCCUUGGUCUUUGUCUCGCUGCUCUUCCUCGUCUCCACCGCACUCUUUGUGGCUCGCAAGGUGUGCAAGAGAAAGGAGCUGGAGGCUGGCCCUGUGCUUUAUGGUGCCGACAACUUGCAGAGCGGCCUGGCCGAUGCAGCCGCUGCAGGGAGCCUGCCCCGCGCCUAUUGCUACGAGAUCAGCCUCACCACGGGCUCGGGCAACAGCGAGUUCAGAUUCCUCAAGCCCAUCGUCCCCAGCCUGCCCCCACAGCACUGUGCCACGGGCCAGGGCCCUGAUGAGGAGCAGGAUUUCCCCUGUGUCCCUGUCAGCACCGAGGACAUGGCCCCAGACAAUCGUGGCACUCUCUCUGCAGGACAGUUCAAUGCUCUUUCCUUCAACUAGCUGGGGUGUUCACAGACCGAAGUGUCAAUGUUCAUGGGUUGAUGUGAUCCAGUCUGCAGCAUGUGGCAAUGGUUCCUCCAGAGAAAAUAUGUUCCCAGAUGGCAUAAUUAAUUUUCUGCAAAUUCUCAGUCAGAGUAAAAUGUUAUCUUCCACUCCAAAAUCACAAAGAAAUAAGAAAGGGUAAUUAGAUUCUCUCUUUCUGUCAGUGGUACAUUCCACCUCUGUCAUGGCCAUUUGUGAUAGGCUUUCAUAAUGCACUCCCAGCUAUGCUCUUGUGUCUCUUGCUGUCAGGGCAGAUUUUGGUCUUCUUAUUCUUUGUUAUAGCUCAAUGACUUAGUUGGGUAGACAAAUCUCCCACUUGAUGAAAUUACACAAAGCCCUUUUUCCCAGCUCAGAACAGCAAGUAGUUGUGAAUACUGUGUUGUGAUGUUCUGUUGGCAGAAGGCUUUUUCUUUCUGGGGUUCUGGAUGUCUCUUUCUGAGAUGUGUGGGCUCUCUGUGUGUUACACCUUGCUCUCUCUAUGUCUGUCUGUACAGCCAUUGUGCAUUUGGCGAUGUUUCACUAAUUCUGCCCAUUGAACCAGUUGAAUAUGUCCCACCCAGUCAUUGCAAUGCUGGCAAUUCCAGCUCUGCAGGGUAAAAGGCUGUUUUGUCCCUGUGAAGACAGACUUGUCAUCUUCUUCAAGACAGAUAGGAGCAAACAACCACAACAAAAUCUUCUUUCUGCCUAUGUGUGGGUUUUGUGUUCUGUCCCCAUCAGACUCUCUUAAAAAAAAAAAAAAAAAAAAAAAAAAAAAAAAAAAAAAAAAAAGCAGUAGCAGAUACGUGAGGGAAAACUAUAACUGGAGAGAGUCAUGAAAACUUAUUCAUUGUCUUUAGGUGCAUGAAAAGUCCACAUGUCCAUCAAAGAGAAUUUUCAGAAGUCUGUAUCAAGAAAAAUUUAAAGACAGGAAUUGAGUUGUGUUUCCUGAUUCAUGUUUCUGAAUUCAGUGGCUUCUUGUUGGGAGGAGCAAGCAGCCCCUACAGGAUUUUCUCCCUUGUUGUUAGAGCAUUUGCAUUCCCAGUUCUGUCCUUUCUCCUUCUACCCUGUGAACUGUACUGGGCAUUAUUUUGCCUGUUCCUCUAGAGAAGGACUGUCACCCCAUCUUGUAUGAAUGAUGUUUGUGAUGCAUGGAAUAUUCAGAAAGCCUCCCACACACAGUUGUGCUGAAGUUAUAAAGUGUAAUAUUGUGAUUUGGAAUGCUUCUGAGUUUUAAAACUUAAAAAAACCCAUGUAGAAUUGGAAUAAAGAGAACACUCUGACU